AUGGGGGAUUGGAAGAAUAUGGCAGAUCUGAAGAUGCGUAUGAGGCUGGAAGCAGCGCUUGAGACUCGGCAUCACGAAAAUGAUGCCCAAAAGGGUACCAAGCGGCCUGAGCGAGAACUUCUGGAUGCAUGUCUGGAUAAGGGUGAUGACGGACCUGGAGUGUUUCGAUUUAUGGCGUGUACGAUGAUUGCGGAAACAGUUUUGGAAGUCUAUGUCUCGAUCAAGGGCUCGUAUGAGUUCUUCGAGGAGACUUCAGAGUUCUGGAAAGGGGACAUGCGAUGUGAUCUGGGAGUUGAGGGGGGUUGA